AUGCUUUGCAGCAAUGACAGUCUUUCAGGUGUCCUGCUUACUGUGUCUGGCUCUGGCUUGUCGGUGUCUGGUCCUGGAGUCUGGCCUUUGGCUGCUGCGGCUGCUGCCUCUACUGGUGACGUCUUGUCUUCCUCUUCCGGCUCUCGCAGCUCAAACUUGAACACCACCAGCUCCGAGACCUUGUCCAGAAUGACUUGUGGGUCGAUGAACACCACUUCGGGGAGGAUGUCGCGGAAGUAAAACAUGAGGCUCCAGUUGUGGAAGAAGUCUAGGGCU